UCCCAUUGACCAUUGUCCAACACUCACAACGAAGAAAACGUGAGCACAAGUCUCGUGGCGCUCGCGUCCAUGGCUCAGUCGUCGUCGUCUGCUUCUCGCCGCCGCCGCCUCCUGCUCGCCGUGGUCCUCGUCACUCACCUGGCGUCGUCUGCCGUCUCCGCCCCAGCGACGACGACUACUCUCGCCGACGGCGGCGGCCUUCUAAGCGCGGCCCGUGCGCCAGGGUUUGCGGCGUGGAUGCGCGGCCUCCGGCGCCGCAUCCACCAGCACCCGGAGCUGGCGUUCCAGGAGCACCGCACCAGCGAGCUGGUGCGCGCGGAGCUCGACAAGCUCGGCGUCCCCUACGCCUGGCCCGUCGCCCGGACAGGCGUCGUGGCCACCAUCACCGGCGGCCGCGGUGUCGGUCGCCCCGUCGUCGUCGCUCUCCGAGCUGACAUGGACGCGCUGCCCGUUCAGGAAAUGGUAGACUGGGAAUACAAGAGUAAGGAAGAUGGCAAGAUGCAUGCUUGUGGACAUGACGCUCAUGUCACGAUGCUUCUUGGAGCUGCUAAGCUACUUCAAUCUCGGAAGGAUGACCUGAAGGGUACAAUAAAGCUUGUGUUCCAGCCAGCAGAAGAGGGGUAUGCUGGGGCCUAUUUCGUUGUGAAAGAAGGUGACCUGGACGACGUCUCGGCCAUCUUCGGCUUGCACGUCAUCCCAGAACUUCCAGUAGGCGUUGUCGCAUCGCGGCCAGGACCUUUCCUUUCAGCAGCAGCUCGGUUCAUGGCGACGCUCACCGGAAAAGGCGGGCAUGCCGGCGGCCCUCACGACACCAUUGAUCCUGUGAUCGCUGCGUCCUCUGCCGUCCUCAGCCUCCAACAACUCGUGUCCCGGGAAACUGAUCCUCUUGACGCUGCUGUGGUAUCUGUCACAAUGCUGAAAGGAGGUGAUGCUUUCAAUGUCAUCCCUGAAUCCGUGACAAUUGGUGGCACCUUCAGAAGCAUGACAGAUAAAGGUUUAUCAUUUCUCAUGAAGAGGGUCAAAGAGAUCAUUGAAGCACAAGCCGCCGUGAACCGCUGCACCGCCACCGUCGACUUCCUGGAGGAGGAUCUCCGGCCAUACCCGACCACCGUCAACGAUGAAAGGAUGUAUGCGCAUGCCAAGCAAGUUGCUGAGGGCAUGCUUGGGAAAGCCAACGUCAAGAUUGCUCCCCAGACUAUGGGCGGCGAGGACUUUGCAUUCUACGCGCAGAGGGCAGCGGGCGCCUUCUUCUUGAUCGGCGUCGGCAACGAGACCACCAUGGAGAGGGUGCGUCCGGUGCACUCGCCGUACUUCGUCAUGGAUGAGGACGCCCUUCCUAUUGGAGCGGCAUUCCAUGCUGCCGUGGCAGUUGAAUAUCUGAACAAAAACCAGUGCACCUGAUUCCUGAAAGUAAGGAGCAGUUUUGGUCGGAUCAAGGUGCUGGAUGGAUUCCUGGAAAAAGGAAAUGCAGAUUCUCUUAGUGUUAGUGUGCCAUAUAUCAAACUGGAAUGAAAAGAUGAGGAUACACACGAAUGUUGUAAAGUGUAAUGCAUAUCUGUCGAAAUUUGCUGCAUCAUGCGCAGUAAUUACCAUGUUCUUCACCGUCUUUAUUUUGUGAGUAGGUAAAGAACUUUGUCA